AUUUAGAGUCUGCGCUCUAUCGGUAUACCUCCCCCGCUUUGAGCUUGUAUAAAAUAGAGGCCGUGCAAACGAGAUGUGAAGUCGUACGUGUUGAUAUCUGAAUCAACAGUUGAAAGGAAAUUAUUUUGUAGUUUUUCUUUAUUUCGAAGAGCAUGAGUAAAUUUUUAGAGUUGAAUUUUGUUUUUGGAAUUAUCGUUUUUUUCAUCAAAUCAUCCAGGGUAUUAUCGUAUGAUAUUAUCGAUCAAAACCAAGUUCUCUUAGAACUAUUAAGCCCACAAGAAAAUCCUUCUAUUCAUGUUCAAGCUUUACGAAGAGAAUUAUUGAAAAAAGUACAAGAGGCUCUGGAGAAACUCGACGAUGAAAAAGAUUAUCAGAAAGCCCGCGAGGCGUUAGCCAGGUGGAACAGUCUUCCCGAACAGAAAAGAAACUUGCAGUCUUUGGCGAAGAACGGCUACAUCAGGACGAUACCGGAUGAAGAGCCUGAUCAAUAUAAGAGAAGUUUAGCUAAAAUGACAAUAAAUGAACAGCUUACGCAACAAUUGGAAGAGCAGAAGCGUGGUUUAGAAUCUUUAGCAAGAAAUGGUGAUUUACGCUACAGGAAAGAACAAGAACUGAAUAACUUUUCAAAUAAAAGGCAUAUCAGUAGUUUGGCUAGGAAUUUCGAACUGCCGCAAUCAGGAAAACGAUCUUUGAGUAGCCUAGCAAAAUCUGGAGACCUUUAUAAACAUUCGCAAUAUAAAAGAAAUGCUGAAACAUCAAUCCCUAAUACAGGCAGUAAACAAUCUUCGAACAAUCCAAUCGGUUACAAAGAACCAUUGUCGGAAAAUAAAAAAAUUUCGGACGACUCUAAAAGAAGCAAAAGACAAGUGGAUUAUUAUUAUGACAAUGGCAACGAGAAUUAUUUGCCCGUGUAUCAAAACGCUUACGAUUAUGAUGAUUUGAUGCAGGAUGUGCACGACGCGGAUCCGGAUGUUUCUAAAAGAUUUUUAGGAUCGGUAGCAAAAAGCGGAUGGUUUCGACCAUCAUCAUCGUCGUCGUCGUCAAUGAGCUCAAAAUAUUUGAAUCCGGAUAAACGUCAUAUAGGGUCAUUAGCACGAUUAGGUUGGUUGCCAUCUUUCCGCCAUAUUAGGAGAUUUAAUAGAUCCGGUCGAUCCGCAAGCGAAAUCAACACUUGCAGGGAGACUUCCCCAGAUGGGGAAACCGAAGUCGACGGCCACUCCGACGACGCAUCGGUAUUAUUAAGGCCCCUUAGAAGACUACAUCGAUUACCAGAAGAAAACGGUUUUAUCAGAAGAGUUUUCUACCAUCCCCUUACGACCAAAUAUUAAUAAUAUUAAAUAACAGUAAUAGUUGAUAGACUGCAUUUGGUUAAUACGAACCACGUGAUAAGAUAUUAUAAAAAUUAUUUUGAAAAACUGUUGUACCUCCAAAUAUUUCUUUCUUAUUCCUUCGUAGGAUUCUCCCUUUCGAAAAUUAAUUAUUCUGGUUUUCUUUACGUUUCGAUAUUUUUCAAAAAUAUUUCAACUUCUUGUUACUAAAAUAUUAUAUUAAGCAAAUCGAUAUAGUGAAAACCAAACUAUAAAACUACUCAUGAAAAACAAUCACCCUCUCGUUUUAGAAUUUGUCUAUUGGUAUGUUUAUGUCAUAGCGAUCCAAGGCUGGUAAAGAAUAGGUUGCCCCAUAAAGAGAUAAUGACAGUUGAAAGGGAGAAGCUAUUACGUCACUUGUUGGAAGCGAUCCGAAGUAUAAACGAUGUUUACGUUUGAUUUUUGCCAUUUGUGGUUAACUCUUGCUUUAUAUCCGCUUUUUUGGUUGAUUUUUUAUAGUAAAGUUAUAUUUUUCAUAAAUAGUUCAUGUAGAAAUUACUUUAGAGAACUAAAUCUAGAUUAAGAAAACUUUUUUGUGUAUAUAGAGAACCUAGAUUAUUGUUGAGACUUUGUUUAGUGACAAUAAUCAAUUAUUUAAGGUAAGCUCAGGUAAAAUAUAUUAAAAAGAUAUAUUUCUUGAAUGAUUAUGAGCAUGUAUCCUCGUUAUACUAUUGGGUAUUUUAGAAGAAUUUUUCUUCAUGAUUUUAAAUAUAUUUAGUGUUAUAUUUAUCCUCAAAAACGGCCAUACAAAUCGAUAAGAACCAGGCCAUUUCUAUGUUCUCGUCUGUCAGCUUUCAACAGAUGACGUCUCGCAUAGAUCGGACGUUAUUGGGUAACCUAUCCUCUAACAACCUUGAUAAGGAUUGACAUGCGCUUACGUUACCUAAUUGGCAUGCGGAAAAAUUAUUUUGUUACAUCAAACAUAAAGUUUUUGUUUCUUUAUUUUCAUAUUUAUUUACUGUAUAGAAUUACGUUUUAAACAAUUGUCCUCAAUACCGGGAAGCUUUCAAUAAGGUAGAGAUGUAAAAUUUAUGACGACUACAUUCGUCAAUCUGUUCACAACGUCUAUAUCUUCAAAAGAUAUAUUUUAGCGGUUAUAUACGGCUGGAUACUUUUUUUAACUUGCCGGUGGUAGAAGACUAUAUUCCUAUCCUGUAUUUUUCGAAAAUAAAAGAAACAAA